ACUUUUGGCAAAUGUCAAAUUAUUUUUAAAAAAAAUCCCUACAUAUCAUUAGUCACCUAGACAAUUCGAAUGAAAAUACUUCAAUUAUUAAUUAACUAUAACUCUUUAAAUUGCUAUCAAAUUAAUGACGUCUUGUUAUCUUGGAAAACGGUAUCAUAACUUUGACGUAUGUAUGCAUAUAUGUACUUCAUAAAGAUAAAUAAGUUCCACAUAUGCAGGACAUUUACACCGUUGCCCUGUCGGCAAUGAACAAAUAGAAAUAACUAUGUUCCACCGAUAAAACUACCUAUACUGAAAUUAUGAUUCAUUCAUUACGUACGAAAUUUAGUUGGCUUGCUUACCCAACAUCAAUCUUAUCCUUACAAGCUCCAGUAAAAUAGAUACACACUUGAAUAUGUUUGCGCAAAAACUGACCAUGACUCACUAUGAUGCAUAGCAUAAUGGACUAAUUGUGUCAAGCGGUGAAAACACUUAUCGUCAAUUGUUUCAAUUAUGUUUUAAUUAAUUCGCCCAACAAUGAUAACUACACGUGUCAGAGCAACAGGUACAUCGAUAAGAUAAACCAACCACUGCUUUUACAUGAGCCAAUUUUAGUCUAUUAAAAUUGUCCAACACAUAUAAGAACAUACCCACCCACCAUUCUGCCAGGUCAGUCUGCCUGCAUAAUAUUAACGACUUGCUAAAUAAUAAGCCAAAAUGAGACGUUUUCUGCUCGCCUUAUUGAUCUCACUUUUAUCCCAGAGUGAUGCUCUGUCCAUCCCUGGAAGUCGUAAUGAAGGCAAAAUCAUUGGCGGCGUGCCUGUUAAUAAAGGGGAACUACCGUAUGUCGUCCUAAUAUCCACCUCCGCCCAUGGGCGGUUGGGGCUUUGAUAAGUCCCGACUGGGUCGUCACCGCUGCCUCAUGUACUGACGAGAAACACACCUCUUACGAACUCACCGCUGGGGAGCACAACCUUACUCUCGAAGAGGGGACGGAACAACGGCGACGAGUCUCACGAAUUGUGAUGCAUCCAGAUUUUGUCAUUCUCGACGAAACUUGCGACAGCACGGAUAACAUUGCCUUAAUUCAAGUCACCCCACCAUUCGAAACUAACCAAUUUGUGCAACCGAUUGCUUUAGUAUCUCCACAGUUUGAAAUUAUCGAAAACAUGACCCUCAUCCAAGUCGCUGGAUGGGGCCUCACCUCAGAAUUUGGUGGAAUAGAACCAGCCGAAAUUAUGCACAAGUUGCAAUUACCCACAAUCUCAGACGCAGAAUGUAAAGCUGCAUACGAUUCGCAUGCCUGUCUAGAUGGCACGAUUACAUUUGAAGAGACGGACUUUUGUGCCGUGGCGUGGGAAGGGUAUGCCCUCUGCGUGCAUGAUGGUGGGGAUCCUGCAGUUUGUUACGACGCAGAAGGAGAUUAUGCCCUAUGCGGCGUGGCGAACGAUAUUUAUUGCGGCGAUAUCACAAGACCCCAAAGAUUUGCUGAGCUUUCCCAAUUUCACGACUGGAUUGUGUCCUCUAUGGAACCUGAACAGUUGGACAAUUCGACAUGGGUUGGUCAAGAUGACACUUGUGGUGGAAUAUUGGUCGGGUCAUCGGGUCGGGUAACGUUUAAUAGUUCUUCGAACCGAAACCACACUUGUACUUGGACCAUCCGUGCCAAUUCCAUGAGCAGUGUUUCACUCUCAUUUGAAAAACUGAACAUCCCACCGGGUGAUGCCGUUUUCGUGACCACGAUCGACUCUUGGACAGGGUUGGUUGAACAGAAUUAUAAAUUUACUAGGUCAGAAGAACCUGUGGGGCCUAGCUUUGUGGUCACCGGACCUCUAUUGAUGGUCACGUAUGUGGCGGAUGGUAACACACAGACGACUCCGGAAUCUGGUUUCAACCUGGAUUUUCAAGGAGCUGGGUUUUCAUACUCUGUACGUCGCAGGUUUAGCCACACAGAAUUGCAAUCAGUUGCAGGCACACUUCGAUACCCGGAAAUGGGAGAAUCCGGAGAAAUGGUACCCUACAACAAUUCGGAGACAGCGACUUUCGCUUUUUCAGGACAAUCCGGAUCCCGUGCCAACGUAACGAUCUUCUUCACUUCCAUAGAAGAUUGGAACGAUCAGUGCAACGGAGACGGGAUUAAUGUUUUGUUAUUUAAUCCAUUGGAAGGAUUUAUAUUUUCUGAACAAAUUUGCGGCGUUAUAGUGCAACCCAUCAGCUAUAUUUUGAACAGAGCUGUCGGAGAGUCAAUUGCCCUCGUUUUUCAGACGGAUGAUGAAAAUACUGAUUACGGGUUUGGAAUUGAGUGGCAGCUUGAGUAAUAAUGAUUUAUGAAAUAGUGAAAAUACAAUGAGAUUUGGAAUAAAAAGUAUUUAAACUCAUUUAUCAGCAUAUUUACGGCGGUGGUAUAUUUUUGGAAAGGCCAAAAUAUGGUACAAUUCUCCUAUAAAACAUUUGUAAUUAAAAUGUAAUAAGAAGAAAUUUUGAUAUGUGCUACUUCAUUCAAUAAAUAAAUAUAGGGCAUAUAUGGCCGAUAUUUGCAGUAUA